CUUUGCGAAAUUGAGUCGUCCUUUUGGAGCGAUAGCGUUACAAACAACAAGAUCGUCGCGUUUAUAGUGUAGUGACACAAAUGUCCGAUCAGACACUAAAGUGAUAUGAAUGACAUUAAUGGGAACAGACGGAUUUGUUAAUACAAAUGGUGUGUGUUGGCGAUGUUGGCAACGUUGGCCGUUAGCAAACAAGUUUGAGGCGCGCUCUGCGGUGGCACUAAGCACAUUCUCUCACUCUCUCCCUCAAAAUCUUGAAGAUGAGUUUUGCCAGAGAAAUUAAACAGCUACAAAAAGCAAAGAGCAAGGCCCAGAACAAUAACAACCUCAGAGAAGAAGCGAGCAUCUGCAAUCAGCUGGGAGAACUGUUGUCUAAAAAUGGUGAUUAUGAGGCUGCCAUUCAGGAACACCAGCAGGAGCUGUCCCUGUCUGAGGUGCUCAAUGAUGUGAUAGGUCGAGCUGUUGCUAAUCGGAAAAUAGGAGAAUGCUAUGCUGAACUGGGAAAUAUUGAGGCUGCAUUAAAGUGUCAGAGGUGUCACUUGGAUCUGGCCCGUUCUGUCUCUGAUCAUGCAGAAGAACAAAGAGCCCUUGCUACGAUUGGCCGCACUUAUUUAUUCCGCUUUGAGUCUGACCAAUCAAGAAGCAGUCUGGAACAAGCCGAGGAUGCUUUUAAGAAGAGUCUUGUCAUUGUUAAUGAGCGCCUUGAAGGGAUGGUGCCACAGCGGGAGAUUUGUGAGAUGAAAGCACGUCUCUUCCUCAAUCUUGGUCUGGUUUGUGAUCAAUUGGGAGACCCCAAACGAUGCAGUGAAUUUAUACGGCGCAGUGUGUUCAUUGCAGAGAAGAGUGAACUCCUUGAAGAUCUCUAUCGUGCCAAUUUUAACCUGGGAAAUAUUUACUUCCGCAAUGGACAAGCCUCAAAUGCAGUGCGCUGCCUUGAACAGGCCAAGGAAUGUGCCAGGAAAAUAAAAGACAAGUUCAGUGAGAGCGAGUGUUUUCACUGCAUUGGCAAGGUGCAGCUGUCUCUAGGGGAUUUUGUGGCUGCCAGACGCUCGCUAAAGAAAGCUUUGCAGCUUGGAUCUCAGCAGCAAAUGGACAAACAGGCAGUGAAGAAAGCAUUCAAAUAUGCGGACAAGGGUUGUAAACUGGAGGAGGAGUUGGGGGAAGACCAGGGCAAAAGACUCAGCCCUCAUCAGGCUGUUGAACUGACAGAGCAGUUGGGAGAUCUCUACUGUAAAGUGGGCUGCUAUAGUAAAGCCUUGGAUGCUUAUCAGGCCCAAUUGACUGGUGCAGAGGCAAUGGGGAAGCCUUCUCGAGAACUGGCUGUGAUCCAUGUUUCACUAGCUGCGACCUACACAGACUUAAAACAGUACAGCAAAGCAGUGGAGCUCUACAGACAGGAGCUCAUGCUGAGAGCAGGCAGCGCCUCAGAGGAAUGCAGUACAUGGCAGAACAUUGCAGUGGUUCAAGAGGAGGGUGGAUUUGACUUCAGUGACAUAGACCACAGUUUCAGUAAAGCAUUGGAUUGUGCUCAGAAGACAGGACAAGCUGGAAUACAGAAGCGUGUGUUGAGGCGCUGGCUUUCAUAUCAGCGACGGAGCGGCUCUGCUAAAUUUGAAGACACCAAGGCCCAGUUACAGGAGCUGUGUGCUGCAGAGGGUUGGAGCCCACAUGACAGUGAGGGAGAGGAGGAUGAAGAUGAAGACAUGGAGAACAGUGAGCCUCUGGAGGACAGUGACGUCAUCCUCUCUGAGUCAGACGACGAUCUGGAAGGUUAUGACAAGAUGAUGACAGGAAAAAGGAAGACUGGGCGUUGGAACAAGCGCAAUGAAAAGGGUGAGACCUCUCUCCAUAGAGCCUGUAUUGAUGGAAACCUGAAGCAGGUCCAGUACCUUAUCGAUCAGGGUCAUCCAGUGAAUCCCAGAGACUACUGUGGCUGGACUCCCCUGCAUGAAGCCUCUAACCAUGGACACUAUGACAUAGUGGCAGCACUGUUGGAUCGCGGGGCCUACAUUAAUGACUCCGGGGGGCCCUUGUGUGAGGGGGUCACUCCUUUACAUGAUGCUCUGGCCUGUGGAAAUUUAGCUGUGGCUCGGCUCUUAAUAGAAAGAGGAGCAUCUGUCACUUUACUCAACUCAAAGGGAGAGUCGGCCAUGGACACCUUGUGCCAAUGGGAAAGGACAUACAGCAGGGAGCUAGACAGAGAAACCAAGCAGGAAUGUGCUGCUACAAAAACACUGCUGAGGAAAGCACUGGCCGGAUUAGUGACUUCUGCCUCCGCUCCUGCCAAGCCUCUGGAUACCCUACAGGACAGCCAGCUGUUUGAUGCAGAGAACUCAGAGCCCCUCACCUCCUCCAGUCAGGACUGUACCCCUGUCAGCAGGGCCUCACAAGGACAUUCAGCAGCAAGCCCCAAACCACCACACUGCAACAGCUCACAGCAGAGACAGCACAGGCACCGGGCCAGAGGGACAGAUGCUCUGCUUCUCUAUGGGACUAACGGCAGCUCUUCAGAUGACAGCGACACAGACUCUCCCGUGAGUCCUCUGCGCCCCGUGCGGCCCAGGCACAAUGGAACUCCAGCAUUCUCCAGUCAAAGUCAAGCACCCAUAAACAAAAAUGACCUCAGCUCAACAUUAAAGACUCAGGACAGCAUAAAAGACACUCCGGCCCCCUCUGUGUUUGAGCGAGAGGAGUACCACAGCGCCAUCCGGGGCCUGGGAAGUGCCAAGUCUCGCCUGCAGAGUUCAUCACAGUUCUCCAGCACUCCUGACCCAAGUACCAGCAACAGGGCAGCUCUGGUGCCUGAGGAGGAGUAUGUGGCUGAUGACUGGCUAGAGGAUGACCUGGGAGAUAUUCAACCCAAGAAGAAGAGGAGGCUUCAAUUGGAACAGAGUGGAUCAAGAGCAGAGAGCAGUGUUUCGACCAGCAGAAACCAAAUCAGACAGACACAUUCAGAGCAUACCAGCAGAGUUGUGUCCUCCUCCAGCAGGGGUGUCUUUAUGAAAAAGAGUUGCACUGUGAAGCCGCAGCAGGUAAAGAUGACUCAGAUGCCUGGAAUGGUGAGGCUGGGGCGCAGAGAGGUCAACCGCUGCCCUAGCCCCAACAUCACUGAUGAAGAGGACGUGAGGGCCCUGACUCCUCCUCCUCCUCCUCCUCACAUGUACUCACAGCCUCCAGCCCAUACUCUGGCCACUCAUCCACCAAUCAGAAUAAGGGUCAGAGUUCAGGAGGAUGUCUUCCUUAUACCCGUGCCACAAAGUGAGGCUGACUCGUGCACUGUGGCGUGGCUGCGUGAACAAGCGGCCCAGAGGUACUACCAGAAGUGUGGCCUACUGCCUCGCCUCCAGCUGCAGAAAGAGGGCGCACUCCUCUCACUGCAGGACCCGCUGCUGGCUGUGCUGCACACAAAUGAAGAGGUCCUGGCUGAGGUUUGCUCGUGGGAUCUACCUCCUCUUCCAGAACGAUAUAAAAAGGCCUGUCAGAGUCUGGCAGUGGAGGAGAACCGCCGUGUAAGCCGGCUGUGUGAGGUGCAGGACGGGGGCUCGUGUGUGUCCGUGUGCGGUCUGAGCCUGGCACCCUCCUCUCUCACCCCACUCCUGCGGGCACUCAAACUUCAGGCCAGCCUCACCGAGCUCCGCCUCUCAGGGAACCGUCUCCAUGACAGCCUCUUGCCCGAGCUCGUGGCCACCGCUAUCACCAUGCCCCGAUUGCGGCUGCUGGACCUGUCAGCCAAUCACAUCACAGGGGCGGGGCUGGAGAAGGCUGUCACUGCUCUGAAGGGCCACAGUCACCCUGCGUUUCCUUGCCUGGAGGAGCUGGACUUGAGUUUUAACCUUCUGGGAGACAGUGUAUCUGAGCCUCUGUCCUGCCUACUCAGCUGCUGCCCUCUGCUGGUCACACUGUCCCUGCAGGCCUGUGGUCUGACUGCACGCUUUCUGCAGCAGCACAGGCUCAUGCUGGCCCAAGCUCUUGCAGGCAUGGCCCAUCUGAGGUCAUUGUGCCUUUCCCACAAUGCACUGGGCUCAACUGGCUUUGAGCUGGUGUUAAAGACAGUACCUCUACACAGCCUUACUCACCUGGACCUGUCGGCGGUGCGUAGUGGGCCAGCGGAUCACCCAGCUCUGGAGCAGCUCACCAAGCUCCUGUCCCAGAAUGAGUGUCCCCUGACUCACUUAAGCCUCGCUUCAAAUGGCCUGACAGACAACAGUGUAGUCACUUUGGUCAGGUGUCUGGCUUCAUGUCCCGCUCUGGAGAGCUUGGAUCUCUCAGGAAACCCCUCCAUCACCUCAGCUGGUCUCUACAGCAUCCUGGCAUCUCUGAAGGAGGCGGGGCUGUCACUGAGCAUUCUCAAUUUACAGGGUUGUCAGGUGAGCGGGCCAUGGGACAGCACUGGUUUGGAUGGUUUGAGAGAUGUAGUCCAGGACAUGAGGCUCUGCUCUCUCACACUCAACAAACUGGACAGGGAUGGCCUUAGACACCUCUGGGACACACCGGGACACUUUGUGGACAGGAGUGCCAAGUGUCUCAUGACUGCACUGUCCAGCACAUGAGCCUGAUACAACAUUGUGCAGUCUUGCUUUUUUAAGUCCACAACGAUAAUUCUUCAGUUUUGACAGUUUUUACCAUACUUCUUACAGCGAUGUCUGUGUACAUAUUUAUGUGUCUGUAUGAAAUCAUGUGGAGAUGUUUUGUACUUUUGUCAUGACAUUUAUGGUCUUAUUUCACUGAAUCUGUUUUGGAUAAAACAAAUAUUAAAGUAUGUAAAAUGUA